ACAAUAACAGCGCGCGCGCAUCCGUACAUCAUGAUUUAUUUGUGGUUUAUAUUUAUUAUUUGUGCUACGGAUGCUGCUAAAUCUAUAAAAGGUUUAUACUGCCAGGACCCAGAUACAUUCAAGCUCUAUCCCGUUAACGCCACAUGGCCAUCAGAAACAUUCUGUGGAAACUACACGUGUAAGCUAAGGAAAAGGAACCACACAGAAACAGAAUAUGUGCCUAUUACUAAAAUUAAUAUCACAGACAAAUACUUUCUUAGAGAUAUAGACGAUAUGAAAACCAGCCCAAGUGAUAAUUCUUUUGCUAUAACAAAACAAUCUCAACCAGAUAAAAGCCCUGUGUAUAUAGAAAAUAGUUAUUCUUCCGGGCAACAAAACUUAAAUAAUCAGAAAGAUAGAUAUUUAACGGACACUGAAAUAAAGGCGAUAACCGAGAUUUUGCAUACUGUUAAAAAAAGCGAUCUGGAAGCAAUAAUAGAAAUAUAUAACUUGGCACAAGAAUUUCACAAAGAAAUAGAUGGUGCUACAACAGAAAGUUUAAUUAAGGAAACAAUAAAUGCGCUUCAAGAUGAAAAACACGAGAAAAAGAAGAAGCAUCACAAAUCGUAUUUUUAUAAGCCUUUACAUCAGACACACAUGGAAAAGAAUCUGACAGAUAUGGAGAAAGAAAGUUCAAGUGUACCGUUACAAACAUAUUACCCGUAUCCGUAUUUUAACGGACCAAUUUCAAGGAAUGGAUUUGGUAGAACCCCAUACUAUUACCCAAUGUCAAAUUUCCAGCGCUCAGCAUCAUACAUUCAUAGACCAUACUUACCGCCCACGCCACAUACACCACCUACAGCAAGACCAUGCACGACUCCACCUCGACCUUGCUCUAAAUCAUUCACUAAACCCCAGGGCUAUCUACCUCCUUGGUACAAUAGAUCAAUAAUAAAGCCGUAUGUUAACAAACAACAUCUGGCUGAUCCUAUGUUACUACCAUAUCCAUUUUCCUAUAUACACCAUUACAAUUAUAGUUCCUACCCUGCCAGUUACUACUACAAUAACUACCCUUGGGCGCAAUUAGAUUCCUAUAGAAAAGCACCAUCUCACGCAUACCAACCUCAACUUGCACCGGAAGAUACGAAAGCUGCCAUACCCGAAGAGAAAAGCCUGGAAGCUAUAAAAAAUGACGGAAGCUCUGAAGUAGAAAGUGACACAUCUGAAUGGAAAACCAAACCACUCAGUGAAAAGAUUUUAGAUGAAGUUAGAGCAAAUUUAGAUAAAUCAAAGUUAUUGAAGCCAUUACGAAAGAAGGUGAAAUUGGAGAGGGUCGGAAAAGUUAUUAAGCUGGAUGAACUGACGAGAAAAAAACGAAGUGUAAUUGAAAUCAAAGGUACACCUGAUGCUUUUGAAGCGUAUAUUGAUACUACAAAAUGUGAACCUAGUAACACGCCAGGCUUCUUCCGAGUUGGAAAUUUAAGUGCACCAUUUCCAGAAUGCUGUCCACAAAGAAUCAGUUAGCCAAAUUAGCGAUAAUUAGGCAUAGUCCUGUUAAUUUAUUGAAACGUUAAUUUCGGAAAGUUUAAAACCCAAUGACAUGUAAUAAAUUUGUCUAAAACAAUCUAUGUCAAACACCGAUUCACCAAAAGCAUUAAAAUAGCUAUAAAUUGAUAGGUCUUUAACUACAAGUCCUCAUUCUAGUUUUGUAUGUACGAAAUCAUUAAACAAUAGUACUUAAGGUGUAAAUAUUGAAUUAUUAAAGUUUAUUUUUACUAAA